GCUGCAGCCCUUUAAUCCGGGAUCGCGGUGGCAGAGUAACGCGGGGGUUGUUGUGGUCGGAGGAGGGGGGAAUGUACCCCUCCUGUCCCCAGCAUCAGCAUCUCAACUGCUUCCAGCUUUAGCCCCUCCCUUCCUCCCCACCCAAUGUUGCAGCCCCCUCCUCUGGAACCUUUGAAGUUGUCCCUCGCUGCAACAUUUCACAGCCGGAGUGAAUGUGUUGCAUUGACCACAUCCCAGUGACAACCAUGCAAAGAUGAACAGCGGGCCGCUUGACGACAACGAGACCUCUGCAGGUGUCAGCACCUUCUCCGUGGCCAUGGUGGCUCCCAAGCUCAGCUCCGUCACCACCCUGGUCGACCCCAGCGUCUCGUGGAUGCCCGACACUCCCACGCCGGUGGAACAGCCGAUUUUCCUGAUGACUACGGCGGCCCAGGGCGUCUCCGGGUUCUUCGUGUGGACGGCACUCCUUAUAACUUGUCACCAGAUCUACAUGCACCUUCGAUGCUACAGUGUGCCCAACGAGCAGCGCCACAUUGUGCGGAUCCUCUUCAUCGUCCCCAUCUACGCCUUCGACUCCUGGCUCAGCCUCCUCUUCUUCACCAAUGACCAGUAUUACGUCUACUUCAACACUGUCCGUGACUGCUAUGAGGCCUUUGUCAUUUACAACUUCCUGAGCCUGUGCUACGAGUACCUCGGAGGCGAGAGCGCCAUCAUGUCAGAGAUUCGGGGCAAGUCCAUCGAAUCGAGCUGUAUGUACGGGACCUGCUGUCUGUGGGGAAAGACCUACUCCAUUGGAUUUCUGCGCUUCUGCAAGCAGGCGACCCUCCAGUUCUGUGUGGUGAAACCACUGAUGGCCAUCAUCACCGUGAUUCUGCAAGCUUUCGGCAAAUACAAAGACGGCGACUUCAAUGUUGCCAGUGGCUACCUCUACGUGAUGAUCGUCUACAACAUCUCCGUCAGCCUCUCGCUCUACGCACUCUUCCUCUUCUACUUCGCCACACGGGAGCUCCUCAGCCCCUACAGCCCCGUGCUCAAGUUUUUCAUGGUGAAGUCUGUCAUCUUCCUCUCCUUCUGGCAGGGAAUGCUGCUGGCCAUUCUGGAAAAGUGCGGAGCCAUCCCCAAGAUUGCCGUGGCUGAUGUCUACGUGGGCGAGGGGACCGUGGCUGCGGGCUACCAAAACUUCAUCAUCUGCAUCGAGAUGUUCUUUGCAGCCAUCGCGUUGCGCUACGCCUUCACCUCCAAGGUUUAUAGAGACAAGCGAGUGGACUCACAAGUCCUGGCGUACGGGCCCUACGGUCGCUGCGCCCCAAUGAAGAGCAUCUCUAGCAGCCUGAAGGAGACGAUGAACCCACACGACAUUGUCCAGGACGCCAUCCACAACUUCUCGCCUGCCUACCAGCAGUACACCCAACAGUCCACCCUGGACCACGGCACACCUUGGCAUAAAGGGCACAUGGUCUCCCGCACGCACAGCACCGCCAGCAUCCGCGACACGGAGAAGACCCUCCUGCUGAGCUCGGACGACGAGUUCUGAGCCUCCCCUCCUUUGGGAGGAGCAGGGGGCCGGCAGUAAGUAGCCUCUCGCCUGGCUGCCUUUCAAACCUCGGGCAGUGAAGGGCCCUUGUCGACUGUGAAGAAGACAGCUGGGGGCCGUUUUAUCUGCUCGUUAAUCUAAAGCGACCGGUCUACACAACUGAUGGAAAUUGGCUUUUAAAUUUGUUUUAACCCAUCGUUCUGUGGUCAAGCACGAGUUGCAUUUGGAUAUAAAGAGUUGGAUCUUUGUUUCCUGAAUGAAGGAUAUUAACUUGUGCUGGCCACCUUGACAUUUGUUUUAAGAGUUUAAACAUCUUAUUUUAAAUGUGUUGGGAUUGUUGUGUUCUUAGGUAGUUAAUUAACAACGAAAUGGGAAGUUGUAGCAGGGACAGGAUGUUUCGAGUCUGUCCCAUGGAGGAUGCAGGGCACGGGCCUGGGGCCGGGACACCUUGAGCCAGAGGCCAGACUGUUAUCUGGUGCUGGCAACUUGCUAUCCAUUCCAAUACAGUUGGGUUUUGGACCCCAGGCAGGAGGCUACAAGGGAAGCUUUGCCCCUUGCUUGCAUUGUGACCUUCUACCCACUUCUGAGCCCUUCUUUCUCUCCAAGGGAUUUAACUGGAAGUUUCCAAUGUUCUCUCCCUCUGCGCGGAGUGGGGAAGGACAUGGGGAGCUCUGUAGUUACUGGGACCUCAAGACUGCUUUCCAUGAGCAGUGCUGGAACUGACAACCAUCUCUCCCUGUGCCUCGCCAGUUCCUCCCCCCAACACCACGUGACUUUUCCCCACACAUGCUUGGGAUCUGGCCCGACCACAGGCUCUUGCUGCUUCAGGCAAGUCUAGGCAUGAGCAGCCAUUUUGAAAUGUUGGAGGGCAGAUCCCAAUCAAAUUUUGUUUUGUUGUAACCAUUUAUUCUUCAUUUGUUAUUUGAUGAAAAUGUAAAUGUUCUUUAUCGAGUGUUUUAUUGACUGGAUGGCAUUGACCAAGUGUAACCUGGGGCACCAUUGGUGAGCUGGGAUGGGAAUGGCUGGGUGAAAAGUGUGAAGCCAGUUUGUCUUCCUCCAUUAUCCCCAGGACCUGCCAAAGGAAUUGGAUUAAAAUGACCCUGUAUCUGAGCUUUCUUAGCAUUUUGUUUUGCAUGUUAUUUUGUAGGUGCAAUUUUCAGCCAUUACAUGGUGCCAAACCUGACCCUGCAAACUCUCCUGGACCCAGGAACCAAACCUGACCUUGUGUGAAUUGCACACUGCUUGGUGUCUUCAACCAGUAAGCUGGCAGUAGGACUGUGCACAGGCUUGCUCUACAGUAAGGCUUGGCACCUGAAGACCCAGCUCCCCCUUGCCAUAAAGCAAAUGCAGCAGAUGCUGGAAACCUGAAAUAAAUUCAGAGAAUGUUGAAUUUGUGGUGCAGCCUGACCUGAGUAUCUCCAGAAUUCUCUGUUUUUAUUUCAGCUUCCCCAUCACUUGUCCUUCUACAGUAAACCUAAAACACCACCUAGGGGUAAGCACGCGCUGUGCAGGAAAGUUGGUGUUAAGUUCAUUCCAGCAUGCUUAAGGGCCAAGACCUUGCCAAUCUAACUGUUGGUCUCUCAAUGAUCGAGCAGGGCGUUGAGAGAGGAGAUGCUAAUAAUGAUGGUCUCUUUCGUCCUGUUUUGUUAGCAGUGCAGUGAUUGGUGGCUGAAUUUGCAUCUGUUGAGGGAUUGGGUGAGUGUAUUGUAUCUCCAUGGUACCCAGUUUGGUUCUUUCUAUUUGGCUUCAGGCAACCACGUGAUGGUUGGAAACUGGGAUCUCAGUCACACGUCACUCAGUCACUCGGUCUCAAAGGCAAGUGAUAUGCAUUUUAGUUGUUGCCAGGACAACGAUAUUAAGGAACAAAUAAUUUCCCACUGUAUACUACAGAAGUAAAAUGGAUCCAAUCUUGUUGCCUCUUGACUAAAUUUUUUUGGUUUAAGUUGUCUUUUUAUUUUACACACUAACCUUGAUUUUAAUCUGUUCACUGCCAUAUGCUUUCACUGCUUGUAAAUAGUAGCGAAAUCCUCAAUGGAUUAUUUGUACCCCUGUUGUCUAGUAUUUCUUGCCCCAUAUUAAGGUGAUUCUGGCCCUUGUGAUCUGACUUUCUACCUACUUCUGGGCUAUUCUUUCUCUUCAAGGGAUUUAACUGGAAUGUUUUUUAUGCUUCUGCUUUCUCUGGGCAGAGAGUUGGGAUGCAGUGAGUUAUCAGGACACCCCAAUGGCUGCAAGCCACCAACAUCCAUUCUGUGGCAAGAGGCUCGUGGUAGUCAGAUCCCAACAGACUUCCUCUCCUUUCCAAGGAUGAGGCAAAUUUUAAAAAAAAAAUGCCCUGUGGAUGGAUCUGUCACUGAAGACUUUGAAAGUGAGCAGGAAAUUGAAUGUUGAAGAGUGACGUACAGCAGAGGAGCCCACUCCGAUUUGCACUAAGCACCUCAUUGCCUGUGAAGUGUUUUUGGGGUGCUCUGAGAGGGAUGUGAAGGAGGCUAUGGAAAUGCAGGUCUGUGGCAGCAGCUUGCUUGCCCCACAGUGCUUGGCUGACCAGUUUGGAUUUGAGUUACUGAAUCGUUAACCAGGGAAGGUGACUUAUCAACCAGCAUCGCCCUCUACUGGUGUUCUGCACAUCAUAACACUGGUGUAUUUUUGUACCAGACCCCCUUUUUUUAGUCUGACCCGAUGAUGAAAUGUGGCGAGAAUUCCUGCUGCUUUUCCCUUGCCUGUUGGGAAUGAGUUGGAGUACGGGACCAGAUUCCAUGUGCACGCCCCCAGGAGAAGGAUCAGGCAGCCUCGGUGCUCUGCUGGCCAUUCCCGGCUCACGUGGCACCCUCUACCCAUUGCUCCCAGGGUAUGUUCUCACCCAAUAAGACUGUGUCCUUGAUCACCCUGUUCAUAAGCCAAAGGAGUUGCAACCCUUCCUGCCUCAACGCCAGCCGGUAUCCAAAAUUGGUUUCGCAUAGACUUCCUUUCCCCCUUCACUGAAGCCAGAUAUCUCAUCUGUGUUGUAGUUUGGCCUGACCUCGUUCUCCACGUUCCAAUAUAGCCACCACAGAGAUGAAGAUUCUAUUCCUUUACAAGUUUGGAUCCUGUCAUCUUGUACCUUUUGAAAUUAAAUAUAACUUGGCUAUUAUUUUGCAAGCAGGAAAGAUGGGAUUGGUUUGUAUGUUUUUGUUUGAGAAAUUGUGAAUGUUUCAUUGCUUUCUUGCCCUGUUCAUUAUUUUCUUGGACUUGGGAGUGGUUUGGUUGACCCUUGUGUCAAAAGCUUGCAUGGGACAGUGAUCUAGGAAUGUACUUGCCCCAUUGAGGGGCAAUGUUCAAGGCCUGUGUCAUCCUGAUCCUUCAAUAGUCAACCAGAGAAGUAAACCUCUCUUUUUACAACACAAGGAGGCCAUUUGGCCUAAUGGGCCCAUGCUAGGUCAUAGGAGAGCAAUCCCAUCAGUUCCAUUUACCCUUCUGAUUUCCAUGUCCUGCUGCAACAGGUUCUCUUUAACAGAUGCCCAAUAAUUUCCCCUUUGAUUCACCUUUCCACUUACCCUGGGGGGUAACUUACACUAGCCAGUCGAUCACUAACCCAACCUAAUCGAUUUUUGGGCAAGGUGGACUUCACCCUGGGGCUCUACUGAAACGUCCUUCUCAAAGGCAAGUGAUAUGCAUUUUAGUUGUUGCUAGGGCAAUGAUAUUCAGGAACAAAUAAUCUCCCGCUGUCAACUACAGAAGUAAAAUGGAUCCAAUCUUGUUGCCUCUUGACUAAAUUUUGUUGGUUUGAGGUGCUUUUUUUUUUAAAACACUAAGCUUGAUUUUAAUUUGUUCACUGCCAUAUGCUCUCACUGCUCUUAAAGGAGUAGCUAAAUCCUCAAUGGAUUAUUUGUACCCCUGUUGUCUAGUAUUUGUUGCCCCAUAUUGAGGCCAUGCUUGAUCCAAAUGCUGGCAGAGUUGUCUAGUUUAAGUGUGGUCUACACCCACCAGGGCAAGCUACUGAGCCCAAUCGUUCAAUGAAUCUGAGGGUCCAUAGGCUUUAUCUAUCCUCAGCCCAUUAUUUCCCCACAUGUCCACCCUGAAUAUGGAUCUCCAACAGUCUGCCUGCCAUCAAAAUAUCCUCAGACAAUGAAUCAUUUGUGCUCAGUUAGUGAGUUGAGUUUUCCACAGAUAAUUUUCCUGCAAAUGCUAGUGUUUUUUGUUAAACAAGUUUUUCUCUCCUGAUUUGCUUCACAGGGAGUAUCUUCCUGAUCCAUGUUCCAAUAUGGAAAAGUAAUGUUCCCUUCAGCCUUCCUGGAUUUCACCUGUUCUGACUUAAGGCAAUUGCUUGAGGAAAAAUACUGGCUAUUGGCACCUUUGUCUAUAACAAUGUUCCUGUGCAGGUUUGAGGAUGAGGUACCUUUUUAAAUAGAAAGUCAGUCAACCUCUUGCCCCAUUCUUUAGAUGUAAAUGACGAAUUGUCCUUUCCCUUCGAUUCCGCUGUGUGCAUUGGGAUGUGGCUUUGCACAAGUGAGGAGGUUGGUUGCUUUUCGGCCAAAUGAUAGCUGCUGUCCUCCUCUCACGAGUGUACUUUGGAGUAACUGCGUUUUGAGGGUAAAUUUUUUUUUUUUUUGUUUUGUAUAUUUGAAGAGUCAAACUGUGCAGCUCCUACCUCUGGUUUCGACUGGGGACCCUGUGGGUAACCGGCCCUUUCCGAAUUUUUCUGCAGGGUCCCAAAGAUAGCCCGGAGGCUGGUGUCUGCGGACUGAUGGGGACGGGAUGGAGGAGGGAUGACGAUGUAUUUAUGGGAUUGUGGUGUGAUAUUGUACAUAAUAUAUAUAUUGAAAUGUAUGAUAUAAAGAUGACAGAAACACCUAGUUUUGUAUCUUUAGCCGUCAUUUGUGUAUAAGCUCAAGGAAACUGCUUCUAUUUUGGUUCUUGUGACGUUUCUCCUCUACAGAAGUUAAUAAAAGAUCUUAUACUGAU